AUGUCUCGCGAAGCCUACCAAGUCCCCACCGCCGGCGCGACCUCCGCCCCCAGCGCGGCCGCCUACACAUCCUACGGCGCCGAGGGUCCUCAGAUGCAGUACCUCUGCGGUGACUGCGGUCUCAAGUUCCAGCUGCGUCGCGCCGACCCUAUCCGCUGCAAGGAGUGCGGUUGCCGUAUUCUGUACAAGGAGCGCACCAAGAGUUCGAGGCGAGAUGAUGGCGCUCAAUCGGGCAAGUUUGGAUUCAGACGCGACGCGAGGAUGAACGAGGAGAGGCUAGGGUACUGGGGUUUCACGCAGAUCUAG